CCCUACACCCGCCACUGGAACCAGGACCGUGCCUCAGACAAGCCGGAGCCUCCGAGGCAGCAGCUGGGUUGGGAGCAGGGGAAAGCUGAGCCAACAAAGAAAGACCAAGUGAAAGAGGAUUGGAGCACCGCUGGGACACAUCCUGUGAGUGACAGGGGUAGGACACUAGCACUGAGCAGCAGGUUUUCCCAAACAGCUGAGCCCUCGGCUCCUGGGGAAGAUGAGUAUUUCGUCGGAGCAYAAACCCCUUGGGAAGCAGGUCACUGGCAGCCUGCACACGUUGUCACCAAUUGUGGAGUUAAAUGUCGGUGGGGAGAUGUACACGACAACACUGAGCACCUUGAAGAAACACCCAGGCUCCAAGCUGGCAGAGAUGUUCACUGGCCAGCCMAAACUCAGGACUGACUCCGAAGGGAGGUUCUUCAUCGACAGGCCAGGCACUUAUUUCAAAUACAUCCUGGAGUACCUGCGCAGUAACCAAGUGCCCACCCAAUGCAUCCAGGAUGUCUACAAGGAGGCUUUGUUCUACGACAUAGAGCCUUUGAUCAAGCAGCUCGAGGACUCCCCACAGAUCUUCGGAGAGCUCGUGGCGAGGAGGCAAUUUCUGGCUCGUGUGCCCAACUACAGUGAGAACAUUGAGCUGAUGAUCCGCAUCGCGAGGGCGGAAGCGGUCGCAUCCCGACAGUCCAACGUCAUCGUGUGCGUGGUCAAAACUGAGGAGGACGCAGCCAGAUGUCAGGAUUCCUUGAACAGUUUGGACAUGGAUAAAAAAUCCGUGGUGAAGUUUGGCCCCUGGAAAGCUGUGCCAAGUAUUUCUGAUCUGCUGGACUGCAUUCAAAUGGAUGUUGAAGCCAAAGGGUAUAAAAUAUCCUUUCAGCCCCACGUUGCUGAAAAAGGUUUUCGCUUCAAAUCACAUGACUUUUUCUAUAAGUUUCUGUUCACCUGGUGGUAGCAAAGUGCCACCAUUGAUGGGGACAGAAGAAUGUAGUUAUUAGAACAAAUUAACCUGAGCUGUGGAGACCAAACCAUGGGCUACCAGAGGGACAGGAAGAAACACACAGGCCAUUGAAAGGAUCUCCUUUGUCUGUUUGCCAUAUCAAAGAGCACAUAACAGCCACUCUGCUUGGGCUUUAGGGGAUAACUUUUUAGGGGAUUUAAAAGGCUUCAGGAAAAGGAAGAAUUUUACACUUCRGUGUUGCUUACUAUUCAUUCAGAUCAAAGAGAUCGAUCUGUGAAUUGUGCCAACCUCACUCAUGGGAAGUGAACAAUCCCAAGUAAGCCUCAUAGACAUGUAGAGAUGGUCUCUCAGUGCAAAUGGGAACAGGGUGCAUAUGUGCAAAUCGUGACUAAAGCACAUGCUCAAAUUAAUUUGGAUUCUUAAUGAGAAGGCAGAAGCUAUUCUUCUCCCUCCUUUCUACRCUGGAAUCUGCRUUAAAAGGAAGGAUUCAGUGUCCURUGAUCUCUUCUUGUUCCUCCAGUAGACAGCCUACUCUCUAGUCARUGUAUUUAUUACCAUUAUUUAUUAUUUGUUCUGAAGGAAAAACAGAGAACCUCAGCUAUGGUUCAGGAUCAACAAAAGGCAAAAAUACCACCACUGAUGUGAGAAACUUAUAAUCUAAGGACAUGCAUUCCUCUUUCAGGCCACACAAUUUUAAUAUCUUUCUUAUGACACUCAUAAUUAUGAUGAUGCUAUUUCUACCUUUAUAUAAGCUUCUGCAAGAAUUGGGAAAACCUGCCAUAAUUUGGUGGGAGGGAAGCACAGGAAGCAGCCUGAAAAUUGUCUUUUACAGAACACAAAUUGUAUUCUAYAUUGUGUUUUUAAAAGUCUCAGAAUUUGAAGGUUUAUUUUUAUACUGGAGAUGGCUUGGUUUUAAUCACUCUGAAAAUCAUAAUGGCUAAUUGGAUAAAGAUCAUAGUUCCUUUACUUCUCAGAAGAUGCAUUUCUUCCAGUUAAGGUCCGCAGAAGAAUCAUAGAAUGGUCCCUGGGAUUUCAAAUAAAUAAAAUCUUUUUGAAUUAUACAGAAGUGCUUUAUUUACUGACAUUUUCCCCACAAGAUCCCCAGUUUCUGAAGACCUGAAGUUUUGUCUUUAGGGUAACAGAUUUGAAUAAUUCCUAAUUAGACUGYGUUUCAGAUGUGCUC